GACACAGGUGUAGCCUCUUCUUCAUCCACCUUCAAUCCCACUUACACCAUCACUGCCUGCUCUCUCAAUCUUCCAUGCGCCUUCACCUCCCAUUUCCUUGUCACCAGAGGAGGUUUUUACGCGCCGCCGUGGGGGAGAACAACACCAUGUUAAUAGACACAAUGUGGUGCGUCUCUUUUGUGCGCCGUCCGUUACGGCCGUUUUGAGUGUGAUGCCCGGCACGCGGUCUGCAGCAGCACCCAGUACACAUGUCUUGAGCCCGGCGGAGGUGGUUUCAACUAUAACAGCACUUGAUCCAUAAAAAAAGAAGACUUCUUGAUAACCAUGGCUGACCAGUACAGUAUGUUUCUCACCACGGCACCCCCCCUCCGACGUGGCAGCACACCCCUCCCCGUCAAACACCAGCUGAGAAGGGAAGAAGCCGUGUCAGAUGACUGCGAUUGGAUCCCGGGAUUGGAUGAACCUGCCACGUUGCCUAUCAGUGACACAGGGUUGCCUCGAGACGAGUCCUUCAGCCAAUCAGCCGCAGCACAGUCUUCUUACCACAGCCAUGGCGGGGCGUUAAGGAUAGUGCUACUGGGACAGACUGGCGUGGGGAAGUCGUCGCUCGCCUUAUCUCUGGCUGGGCAGUCAGACAGAUCCCUCUCUAUAGACUCUGAGACACAAGCAUGUGGUGAAGGCUACGAGUGCAGCGUGACAGUCGACGACGAGGACAGCAAACUCAUAAUUUACGACAACUGGAAACAAGACCUGUCCGCUCUACAGUGUGACGUGUGUAUCCUCGUCUUCUCAGUGACCGACAGGCGAAGUUUCCACCGCACCGCCCAGCUCCGCCUCCUCCUCAGGGAGGCCCAGCCACAAACACCAAUCAUCCUGGUGGGCAACAAGAGUGACCUAGUCCGUUCCCGUGAAAUCAGCGCAGAGGAGGCCCAGUCCAGCGCCAUGAUGUUCGACUGCGUCUACUUGGAGCUCUCCGCCUCCCUCGACCAUGGAACUAACGAGCUGUUGGAGGCUGCAGUUCGGACUGCAAGGGGCGAGUGCGUGGGACCCGGUUGGACUGAUGGUGACCCCGGAGCAGCCCGCAGAGAGAGCCUGACCAGCCGUGCAAAAAGGUUUCUGGCUGGGCUGGUGCCACGUUCGUACGGUCGAGACCGGGAUCGAGAUCGGGGCCGCUAUCGGGAGAUGAGCCGCCACCGAGGAAGCAAGAUCCUCCGCCAGAAGUCCCGCUCCUGCCACGACCUCAGUGCACUGUGACCCAUAUGAAUACACAUGGGCGGAGAGACAAACUCCUACACAUGCACACACACACCAAACUGAAGGAUAGAGGAAGUGUGAAAGAUGGAGCAGCAGGAGAGGGAGAAGUAACAGACAGUGGACUGGAGAAGAUGAUAAAAAUGUGGGGACAAUAAAGAGAUGGUGAAAAAUUUCAGCAAAGGUGGAUAAAGGUCAAAGGAGGAGAAAGGGGAGAGAAAGAAGUUGAAUCCACCACAACGGCGAGCCUUUAUCUUCCUCCCAUCACUGAAACCAAUUUGGGAGAGACGGAGGACAGGUUUGAAAGAACAGAGACACAGAUAAAGACGUGAGCUGCUUGGGUUAAGCUGUGAGGACUGAUUUCCUGAUCAGAGCAGCAGAGAGAAAAUUAAUUAGUUUCAAACAGCAGCUAUUUUCCAAUGGGGACAUGCUCAGGUGAGAAGAUGAAAUG